ACUCGCGUAUUAAUCACGCACUGACUAUGCAAACAGGCUGAAUCAUAUUCCCACGGACGCUUAUGACAAUUGUGGACAGUUUGGAACCUAUUUUCUGCAUUUAUGUUGUUUUUACAGAUUAAUUAGCCUGGAUUAAGUGAUAAUGAAAGCAAAACUUAUAUUAGUAGUUUUUAUACAAUCUGUGUACUUAUGUUUAACAGAUGCUCAAAAUAUUAUUAUAGAGGGUGAUAAUCCAUUGGUAGCAAAUGGGGGUGAUAGAAAAGUGAUAGCAUGUAAGGUUGUCUCCGGCGUCGCCAAUGGAGAAAAUCCUGAUCUGAAAUGGUAUGACAACAGAGGGAGCAUAGUCACGACCAGUGGGAGAAUUUUUGUUUUGAGUCAAUCUGCAACAGAUUUAAAGUUACUGUUGAAUGAUGUCCAGGAAGAUGAUGCUGGUAGCUACAACUGUACGGGAUUUAUUAAUGGCCAACUACAGUCUGCUCAUAUCGUAGUGAAAACCAAAAUGCCUUUGAUUAUUACAGAGGAACAAGCUCCAAGAACUCAACUUUUUCCAGAAGGAGGGAGUGCACGUAUUAAAUGUGCUCCACAAGGACAAGUUUCUGUUAGCUGGAGGGAUCGCAACGGAACUAGAAUAGAAUCAUCCCAUGAAAGAUAUGUGAUUAGUCCUGGUUAUCUGGAGAUUCCAAAUGUCAACAGGACAGAUGAUGGAGUGUAUCAAUGUGUAGUGAUUGGAGGUGGUGACUUCGAAGUGGUGAAAAUAACUGUUACAGUAACAGUUCCACCACAGAUAGUUAAACCACCAACAGCUCAGAGUGUUUCGGUGGGAGAGGCUGCAAGAUUCGAGUGUGUUGCUACUGCCAAACCAUCACCCAAAUAUUAUUGGUAUUUUAAUAGCAUAACAAUAGAAUUAACUGGAGAACGCUACAAUUUAUCAAGAGAUGCUGGAGUAUUGAUUAUAAAAAAGGUCAUUAAAGACGAUGCAGGAACGUACAAGUGUGUUGCUCGAAGUACAGACAAGUCUGACGAAAAGGAUGCAGCCCUGACUGUUUUAGUUCCACCACAAAUCAACAAGUUGGAUAAUGCAACUGGGGAUGAAGGCACGUCAGCAACAAUUAAAUGUACAGCAUAUGGAGAGCCCAUUCCAAAGAUCACUUGGAUGAAAGAAGGCACCUCAGUAGAAAUUACUGAUGGAACACAAAUUGACAAUUCAGACAUUGUUGCAUCUCAAGUCGCAAGACCAGAUCGUAUGGAAGUUGAAGGAAGUUUACAGAUAAGCAACUUGAAGUCCAGUGAUGCUGGGUUUUACAUAUGCAAAGCAACAAAUGAAGCUAAAUCAGUAGAGAAGUCUGCUUAUUUAAGUGUUCAAUACAAACCUAACUUCUCAAAAGUAAUGAAAGAUGUUAUGUACAGUUGGGGUGGACAAAGCACAAAUAUUAAGUGUAUUGCUACUGGUGUCCCUAGUGCAGAUAUAUCCUGGGCAAAAGGAGGACAAACAAUCAAUGCAGGGGACCAGUAUUACUCUCUGAAGUCUGUUACAAUUGGAGAAGAUACAGAAAGCACUUUGACAGUCAGUGUAGAUUUCUCAAAUGAAGCAAUUGUGUUUGGAGUCUACACUUGCAAAGCUGGAAAUGCCAUUGGAGAAAGUACAAAAAAUUUCACAUUACAGAGAGCAGAUCCACCACCAAGUCCUAGUGCACGGUUGAAGGAAACAACACCAAUAUCUAUCACUUUUGAUGUAAACAUUCCAAAAACCUUUAAUGGACCACCUGUGCAGGAGAUAGAAGUUCGUUACUCCAAUGCCCAACCUAGGAAAGAGAGAGUUGGUACUAUGGAUUCAAAGAUCGAAAUUGUAUUGGAUAAUCUUACACCUGGUACUGCUUACAAUAUAAAAGUGUAUGCUAAGAAUGAAGUCGGACUUAGUCCAGAAUACAGUUUGCCUACGCAAACUCUCCAAGCAAGAAAGCCUUAUCCCAUUGUUGUGCGCUCUAAACCAUAUGGUGAUUACCCACUCAAGUUCAAUUUACAGUGGAAUACUCCAAAUAAUGGGGGAUUUCCCAUCUCAAGUGUCUAUGUCAAAUAUGCUCAGGUCGAAGUAUUUCCCAAUAAGUCUGCCAGCAAUGAAUUCCAGAGAAAGGAGUAUAUAUCAGGAUGGAAUCCACCCAUUACAGUCGAUGGAGCAGCAACGGCAUAUGAAAUAACGAGUUUGAAACCAUCCAGCUAUUAUGAAGUUGAAGUGACAGCGGUUAACAACAAAGGGACUUCAGAUGCACGGGCAUUUAUAUUUGUGACCAGUAAAGAGGAUAAAAGGUUUCAAAGGCCUGAAGAACCAACUACAGAAGCACCAGUAGAAGAAAUAACUUCAAAACCAAGCAAAAAAUCCCAAGACACUAAUUCUUCUGCCCAGCAAGUCCCACUUGGAAUCGUGAUUGCAAUCAUUAUUAUCGUGGUUAUCAUCUUGUUUAUUGUGAUUGAUGUCACAUGUUACUACAAAAGGAAGUGUGGGGUCUUCAUGUGUAUCAAAGAAAAGGUUGGCAGAACUGGUUCCAUGGAAACCAGGAGUAAGGAGAAGAUAAUUGAAGAAGGAGAUGCAGAUGGGAAAACUGUAAAAUCACAAGAACAGAACGAAAAUGGAGUGAAAUUACAAGACUUAAAUAAGGAAGAAAAGUCCAAUAGCAAUCCUGAUGAAAGUCAGGAAAAGAAAAAGAAUGAACCAGUCAGUAUAAAUAAGGAAGUUAAUGAAAAGGAUGAAGUGAAAAAAAAUGGCAGUGCAACAUCAAAUUUGUCUUCUGAACCCAAAGUUAAGUUAUCAGAGAAACCUCUUGAUGACAAACAAGAGAAAGAAAAAUCUGAACAGAAAAAAGAAUCUGCUAAUUCAAAGCAAGAAGAACUAACUCAAAAAGAUCAGAAACAGAAAGACAAAACGAAAUCAGAUCAAACUGAAAAGGGUGUUAAAAGUUCAAAUAUCCCACCUCAAUCAAAAACUACCAAUCAGAAGCUAGAAAGCAGCCAACAGCAGGUUGGGAUAAACAAGGGACCAGUCAUUUCAACAGUAAUAAAUGGUGGGCCAAAAAAUACUUCAGACCAAAAACCAGUUGAACCGAAACAACAAAAACCAGUUGAAACAAAGCAGCAGAAACCAGUUGAACCAAAGCAACAGAAACCAGUUGAACCAAAGCAACAGAAACCAGUUGAACCAAAACAACAGAAACCAGUUGAACCAAAGCAAAAGAAUACAGAUGAACCAAAGGAAACUGUUGAAGUAAAGAAAAAGACAGUCAAAAAGCAGUUAGACUUCAAGGAUGAUGAGGAAAAGAAGGUACCAUUACUGGCUGAUAACAAAGACACUGAAGGUUCUGAUGCUGAUCAGGAAAUAGGAGAAACUGCACCAAGUGAUGAGAAAGAACCAGAAGAUAAAGAAGAAAAACCUAUUACACCAGUAAAAGAGGUUGAGGAGGCAGAAGAGGCCAAACCAGAGGACCAAGAUAAACCAGCCUCACCUAAAGAAGAAACAAAGGAAGUAACAGACGGAGGCAAAGAAUAAUGAAAAGAAAUGGAAUUGAUUAUUUACUUUUACAAUUUCCAUAUAAACAUUUUAAUACAAAAAUGAUGUGUGUGAUUAAGGAGAGAACACUGAAAUUUAGAUACAGAAAGAUAAAAAACAAUAUACAUGUUACAUGAAGUGUACGCCUGAUGAGGUGUUUGUAUUUUCAUUAGAUUUUAAUACAAUAAUUGUAUUGUAUUGUAUUUUCAAACAUUGUUGGUGUAUUUGAUACAAUUUUAAUGAAUAGUGUUGUUAAAAUUACUUAACUUCCUAAGAAAAAUAAAUUUUCAAUUUUCUUGCCUUAUUUGAACUUUGAAUUUUAUCAUUCCAAAUUAUAUUACUUGUUGCAGGAUUAGGCAUUUUUUUUAAAUGAUAGAUAUUUAUUUUUUAAAUCUAAUGGAUUUUUCAAUUGCGAACACUGAAAUUAGAAUUAUAGCAUUUAAAACUAAACUUUAUUAUAAAAAUAUAAAAAGAGAAGGGAUGAUUUUUUUUAUUUUCCAGUUGCAUGCCACUCUUUUUUUUUUUUGGAAGAAUGCAAAUAUUUUUUUAUUGAAUGAAUUUUUUAAACAUAUCUGCAUUUGAGCACGAAAAUUUGAGAGGUGAUGAAAGGUUAAGGAGCAUAUAGAAAUAGGGAAACACUCCAUGUUUCAAAAGAAACAGCUGUUGAGAUAGACUUCCACUUGCAGUUAUUUAUUAUUAGCUUGAAUUUAGCACCAUAAAAACUGUUUUGUUCAUAGGAUUUUUAACAUAAUGCAGGUUUGAAUACAGGUAGUUUUAUUACUGAUAUUAAUUUUAAAAACUGUAAUUAUAUGUUCAAUUAUAACUUAGUUAAACUUGUAUAUUUUUUUUUAGAUUUACCAAAAAUAGUUAUUAAGUUAGUAGUAAUAUUUCGUUAUUAGGUCAAAUUUUGUGUAUAUAUUUGUUUAUAUUUUUUUAACCUCAGGAUCUAAACUAUUCAAUUCAAUAUUCAGGUGUUUGCCAUUUCACAUGUUUCUGUUAGGAUAGUCGUCUAGAACUGUAAAUACUCGCUGAGAUAUUUUAAAGAUUUAUUUGUACAGUUCAACAAGUGCUGAAAGUUUCCGUAAUACCGGUACUCUUUUAUUUGUUAUUGAUUUUUAAAAAUUAUAUAGUAGAAAUUUUAACCAAAGAAAAAUGUAAUUUUAUGCAAAAAUUAGAAAACUAUACAUAAAAUAACAUUCCAAACAAUGAAAAACAUUUGAAAGUUGUCUUCUUUAAUGAAAUUACAAAGGGAUUAUGAUACAUAGCCUCCUUUAGUCCCAAAGAAAUAAGGAGAGAAUUUCAAUUAUCUCCCCUUGAAAUUAUCUCCCCUUGGUUUCCUUAUUAAGGAAGAUAACUUGCUAUGUAUCUCAUGCCAAUUUUGGAUUGAAAAGUUUGUUAGUUCUGAGAAACCUCUGUUUAUUUUGAAACCAUUUAUUUGAAUCUUAUUAGUUUAUUAUAAUAACAUGAUAUAUACAUAUGUUUUGAAUGAAUAACUUAAAUAUAGUACAUUUAAACAAUUUUUCCUUUAAAAUCAGCUAUUGAAAUUUCAUCUGACAUUGUUUCCAUUAUAACAAAAACCCUUCUUCUUAUAUAAAUAUUUGUGCAAUUGAUAAAAUCUAUUUAGCUGGUUAAAGUCAAAUUGUUCUGGUGAAGCAAAUUAGAUUUUGUCUGCUAACAAUUUUACAUCGCUUCUGUAAUGAUGUGAAUAAAUUUUAUCAGUUACAAGUAAAAAUAGAUAUACAUGUAGUUUGAUGAUAUUCACAUCAAAGAAUUUUCUCAAAAUAAUUUUCAGUCAGUUAAAUAACUAGCAUGUAGGAUUUGUUGUAAUAUUAGGGACCAAGUUCCUGUGUUGUAAGUUAAGGCUUAUAUGUCGAACGAUGUUGUCCAGUUUUGAUAUAUGUGUAAUAUGCACAUUAUUUAAUACUAAUACUACAUCAUUAAAUUAUAAAAUCAUCUCAUGUAUUAUCAGUUAGACUCAUGCUCAUAACGUUAAGUUUCUUUUUUGUAAAUGGUAUGAUUGUAGUUGAUACAUUUGAUGUAUAUUUCUGUUGUCAUGAAUGUUAAAAGAUAAAAAGUUCUUUUAUUCGGGCAUUGAUAUUACUUGCUUUAUGACAUCUAAAUUCUUUCUGUAUCUGUUUUCACAAAAAAUCUUGCGAGGAAAAGUUAUGAUCAAAUCAGUAUAGUUGGCAUUAGGUUUUUUUUGGCGUGAAAUAAGCUACAGAAAGUUAUGUAUAUGGAUUUAUUUAAAUAUAUUAUAUAUCAUCUUUCAUCAGGUCAAAAUUAAUUGCUGUAUCUCUGAGAAUUGCUUCUUAAAAAGGAUGAAAUUCAUUCAACUAAUAUACGGUAUUGUUUGGAUAAGAAAAAUUAUAUAUCAUCUAUAAAAAUAUUUUAAUAUAAAAAUCAUUGUAAUUUGCACCAUGAAAGGGCAAAAGUUGUUGAUUUAAAUAUUAAAUAUCGUUACACUCUUGAUAUUGUAAAAUAAAAUUCAUAAAAUAUUUAUAGAUAUUGUUAGUAUCCUGUAAUAUUGAAUGGUUUUAAAAGCAGGGUAAUUAAUUGAUAGUUGCUGACCACUGACCAGUGUCCAUCAUUAAUCAAGCAUUAACAGUUUUAGUUACUUUUAUAGCAUUGUUUAUUACUUUAUAUACAUUUAUACCUCAUAUUCAAAACAUAUUAUAUUACAAGUCACACCCUAGUUAUCAAUAAAAUUAGUAAAUGGCAUAAGAGAAAAUAAAGGCUUGGUUUUAAUCUCAGACUAACUACGAGCAUGCCAUGAACAUCAUUCUCUAACUGUUAACCAAAUAAUUUUCAGAAAUGAUUUAUUUUUUCAGGAAUUUCUUGAGUAGAAAAAUUAUGUGAAUAUAAAUCAUAGCUAAUAUGUAAAAUUUGGAUCUCUCCUCAUAUAGUUACAUGCAGAAAUUUUUCAAAUUGUGAAUAUAAAUCACUGCAAGUAGGCUUGAAAGCCCUAAAUGCAAAAUAAAGUAUCUAGGAAAAUAAGAUGGAUUACAGAAUAUUAAGAGGCCAGUAAAUUAUGAUAUAUAUGAUUGUAUUGUUCACUCUGGAAAAGUCAUUUUGAAAACAUGAAAGUAUCAUACUGUUCAGCAGAGUGUUAUGUGUAGAUGGGAAUAUUGACCAGUAUAGACUAGAUAUGUAAUAGCUAUGAGUUUAGAAAGGAUUUUUUGUCAAGAAUCAGUAGGCUUAUUCAUAAGGUAGAUAAUUAUAGUCUGAUUUGUUAUAGUAAAAUGCAGAACAACCUUUAAAAACUAUAGAUUUUGCUAAAUAGUAAUCCAUGUUGUUUAAAUAAAAAAUUCUAGAGUUGACCAAAUCAAGAAUUAAUGAAAGAUUUUAUUGAUAACUAAAUGUGACUGUUUAUUUAUGCUUUUGUAAUAUACUCAUGCACUUAUUGAUAAAGUUUUUUUCUUCAUGUAUAUAUGUUAAAUGUUAAUUACAAAAGCUUUGAAUAUUAGCAAAUGUAAUAUUAUUGAAAGCUUUCUGAAAUUUUAGGUUUAUACUGAUUUUUUAUUAGGACAAUGUUCAUAAGUUAAUAUCCAAUUUUAGCCAUAAUCUUGAUCUCCAACAAGGGUCAAGAACUUUCUCACCAAUUGCUUUUAUAUAUAUAUAUAUAUAUAUAAAAUAGGCCUUCAAUUCUUUAGCAGUAUGAAAUGAUACCUUUAUCAAUGAUAAGGUGUUUUUUCUUCUUUGUCAACUAAAUGACUGUAGAUUCAAUAAUUUUUGUGAAUACCAGUUUGCAUUGUUUGAGAUAACCUUUAUUUUGUGGGUAUUUAACAUCAUAGUCAUACUUUGUCGCUAUCAAAAAAUAAUUUAAAACAAUAAGUAAAUUCAUUGUUUAUAUGAACUCACAAUUCCCACAAUGAAAAUAGGUACCGUAUUCAAUAGAAUGAUUACUCCACUGUCAGUAUAGAGAAGAUUCAAGGGAACAAGACUCAUAUAUUUACACAGUAUUUGCCAUGUCGAAAAAGGAAUUGAAGAAAAAAAGAAUAACUAUAUUCAUAAAAGUUUUUGAAAAGGAAUAAAAAUGCAGUUUUCAAAAUUCUAUUGAAUGAAAUGUAGAUUCCUAAAAUCAGAGAUAUCAAGUUGUGAGUUUCUUCCACACAAUUGUGCCAUAGUUUUUUAACAACACAAUUUUGUAAAUUUUAUGGUAGAGAGUUUUUGUUGUUAUUUGUAUUUACCUUAUGGUAACUUUUUUUCCAGUAGACUAAACCAUAUGAAAAUUCAACACAAUAAUCCUUCAUACAGAAUUCAAAUUCACAAAAAUGAUUUUGCUUCCAUCCCACACGAUUGUUUAUUUAUUUUACAAAUAAAUAAAUAAAUAGAAAGUUAGCAUGAGAAUUAAUUUGUCUGUAAUAUGGUAAAGUGUUUCAAUGAUAAAAGGAAUUCGUAUGUCAACCAUGAAAUUUCAUCAUUAUAAAUAAUGGGCAAUUUUCCACUGUUUUUUUUUCACUGAACUGAUUAUGUGUUGAAUUUUGGAUGUUUAUUUUUAGACUCUUAUAUUAUUAAACGAAAAAGUAAUUUUCUUUUUAUUAUGACAAUCUGUACUUAGGUUACUCAAAAUUCAGGGGAGAUAAUUACCUGAUUUUAAUAGAAUAUCAUAAAUAGCAAAAUUUCUUAAAACUUUGGUUUGAUUUUGUUAGCUACAUCCUCUUUUUAUCACUGAAUUAUCUCCCCUGAAAACUCUGCUCAAACUUUUGAAUAUGCAUAUUUACCUGUAUAUAGGUAAGUUAAUAUAUUACAUAAAAAAUAUUUGACACAAUUCAACUUUUAAUAACAAAAAUACAGUAUUAAUCAUUGGUUGCUGUUUCAGCUUGCUAUAUGUUAUAUAAUAAACCAUUUGUUGGCUUUGUGAUGAUACAAUAUUGGUUGUGACAAAUUUUUUUGUAGAUAGUCCCUUCCUACCCUUAAAUUCAGUAUGUUGCUAUAAUUUCGUGGUAAAACCCAAAAAAUUCAUAUGUUUCAUACAAAACCACAUUUUAAAAUAUUAUCCCCAAAACUUUCAUCAGAUUUUGAUGAAAUUUUUACCAAUCAAUGUAUAAAUAUAUGUAACUUUAGUGUUGUAUUUAGUAUUUAUUUAAUAUCUAGUAGAAAUAAGAAAUCAAAACUUAUUUUUUAACAUUCAAAUAUAACUGAUGAUAAUUUGAAUAACCAACAAAAUAAUUGAAACAAAUAUAUACAGAGCAAAUAUUAAAAAAACAACCUGGCAAAGAGAUAAAAUACAAUGAUAAAUGUAAGACAUUUUGGAUUCAUUAAUUUUCAUGGGAGACAACUUUUGUGGUUUAAUAAAAUACUUGAAUAAUAACACCAAAUAAAAAUGCAUUUGUUGAAUACUUGAAUUAGUGGUUUACAUCUAUCCACAAAUCCACAAAAACUAUAUACCAUAAAUAAUAAUGAAUUCACAGUACAAACUAAGUCAUUUUAUGAGUACAAAUUUUAUUGAGGUCCUCAUCGGGGUCCUGUUAAUUACAUAAUCUCAAAUAUUUGCAAAGUAAUCAUAUAAAUAUUCUUCUUUACCUAGAUUGAGGUAAAACCUGGUUCUUAAAAAAAUCUUGUCAUGCUUUUUGAUGAGAUAAUGAUAAAAUGUUUUGUGAUUUAAUCAUAUAAUCUUAAUUUAACAUGCUUGGGUCGAAUCAUGAAGUUAAAAAGAGUCAAGCAGAUUCUAAAUUUUAGAAUAGUUGCUUUAAUAAUGCUUUUGAAAAAUGCUUUAACAGUGUUUUUGAAUAAUUGAAUAAAUAGUGCUUUUGAAUAAUUGAAUAAAUAGUGCUUUUGCAUAAUUGAAUAAAUAGUGCUUUUGAAUAAUUAGAUAAGUAGUGCUUUUGAACAACAACCUUUCAAUAGUGCUUUGAAUAAAUGUUCUUAAUAGUGUUUUAAAAUAAUUGCUUUUAAUAGUGUUUUUCAAUAAAAGCUUUUAAUAAGUGAUUUUCAAUGAUUAAUUGUGCUAACUUGUAAAUUACAGUUACAAAAAAAAAAAUAAUUAAAAGUUUACAAUAUGGUCUAGAAAAUAUUGUGGUUUUGUAUGAAAUUAAAUGGGAAUCUGGUUUUAGUACCAAAUUAUAGCUACAUACUGUCCCGUUAUAAUUCAGUUAAAACAUUCCAUGUUUAUGGUAGAAUGACCACAGGUUUAAAUAAAUUUUUCCCACUUCCCCUUUUUUCUUGGGUUCUUACUACAGCUUACAGCUACCAUAAAAAAUAACCGUGAAUAAGCUUUACUAGGAGAAAUUUUACAAAUGCUCAUCUGGAAAUUGUCUGGAUUAAAAAAUACAGUAUAUUGUAGAUAUUGUAAGUGGUUUUAUAAAACAGUUGGAAAUGGAAAACUGACUAUGUGAGAAAAAUAAGUCAAUUAUCUACCUUUGAUUAAGCUAUAUAAGGGAUAUGUAAAAUAGUCUUCACAGGAACCAAAGGGAGAUAAUUUAAGUUGACUCCCUUAGUUAACUUAUUCAAGGGACAUAAUUGACUCAUCUUUCAUUAGGUACUUCAUUUCAUUUCAAUUUCUCAGAAGCAUAAAAUGCCCAUUAUAUUUUGUUAGGGUUGGCACCCAGAAAAUUUAUAUAUAGAUUAGUGGUGCUUUUGUGCAUACAGUAGCUUUGUAUUAUUUCUAUUUUAUGAAUCACAUUUUUGUAAGUGUUGUGUGUAAUAAAAAACUAUUUUAAAACUUCA